UGAGAGAAGCUGGCAAAAGGGAGCUGUGCUGCUGCAGGGGAUCCCCUUCCUGUCUGGCAGAGCUCAGCCAUGCACAAAUUCCUCUUGGCUCUGGUGCUUGGGGUGCUGCUUUCAGAGAAAUGGCUGGUGAGUGAAGCCAGGACACCCCCCUAUGGCGUUAAGCUGUGUGGCAGGGAGUUCAUCCGUGCUGUCAUCUUCACUUGCGGAGGAUCCCGCUGGAGACGAGCAGGAAAUCUCAGUGCCCUCCUUGGUGGAGAUUCUGCAGAAGUCUUUGAUGCCACGUCAUUAUCCAAUGAAUGGAAUCCAGUCCGUUCCUCCCCACAGGAUCCCUCUGACAAUUAUGGGAUCUGGCGAGGCCAGCAGAGCUAUGCCGUCUCCGAAGACCCCUGGCCUUUGGAUCGUGGAGCCCGAGAUGUUAUGGCAGGUCUGAGCAAUGCCUGUUGCAAGUGGGGCUGCAGCAAGCGUGAAAUCAGCUCUUUAUGUUAGAUAGCAGUUUAAGUUUACUGCAUGUGUCCCUUGGUUAAAAAAGAAAAGAAAAAAUAAAACAAGGAAGUAUACACCAGUAUUUGUGAGCUUGACGUUUAACCAGGAUGCAUUCAAAUGCUACCUAGCUAGCCAUGAAUUCCUCCAUGAAACAUCCAUGCUUUCAUCAAAAUAGACACUGAUUCUCAAAGAAGCCUAUGGAUCCCAUUUACAGACUGAUGAAGUGCUUUGCAGCUGUCACGUGAAAGCCUUGUUAUGCCAUUUCCAUGAAUUUUAAGAACAUCAAUGAGCCUCAGUCCCAACCAGAAUGGACAGUUACACUACACUUCCUAGUCUCCUGUUCCACUCAGCUGGAAUUAGUAGAGCUGGAUUUCCUGGAAUGGCUGGGGACCAAGGAGGGUUCAUAGCAGAAGCAGAUAAUGUCUGGUAGGAAAGUAAGAUGCAGUGGCUUUCCUGAGUGUUUGUGAGGGUCUCUUACAAAUUAAUUUCUGGGUUGGUAUUGGAGUCAAUCUCACAACCAAAAGCUUUCAGAUUGAUGCUGCUUCCAUGGUGUAUCCAUUUUUCCUCUCAGAGAAGAACUAACCCUGCUUCUCUGAGAUUCAAAUGACCGUAUGUCAACGCUGAAAAGAAAUAAAAAAAGAUGAAACGAAACAAAAUAAUGAGAUGGACUAUGUUGACUCAGAGCAGUUUGGUCUAAUGGAGCCACUCAGCUGGGAUUUGUUUU